AUGAAUAAUCGAAAUAAACAAAGCAUUCACGAUGCAGUUAGUUCUGGUGACGUUGCUGUUGUACAUGAAAUUUUACAAAGGAAUCCAUCUUGUGUUAAUGAUUGGAAUAUCAACUACCGAACUCCUCUGCAUUUAGUCUGCGAACGUAUUUCUGAACUUGAUCCCGUAGAAGCUGACGAUGAACUAUCAAUAAUGGCGUUACUUCUCCACUAUGGGGCAGAUGUAAAUGCACGAAGAGGACUUUUUUUUGAUUCUCCACUACAUUUUGCGGUUAAAAGCCAACAGAUAAGCAAAAUAAAAUUUCUACUGGACCAUAAAGCUGACCCAAAUGUUAUGAAUGUAUUAGACAAAACAGCCUUACAUUUGGCGGUAGAAGGAGAUAACAUUGUCAUUAUAGAAUUGUUGGUAACACACAAAGCAGAUAUUAAUAUUGUUAGUUCUGGUGACGUUGCUGUUGUACAUGAAAUUUUACAAAGGAAUCCAUCUUGUGUUAAUGAUUGGAAUAUCAACUACCGAACUCCUCUGCAUUUAGUCUGCGAACGUAUUUCUGAACUUGAUCCCGUAGAAGCUGACGAUGAACUAUCAAUAAUGGCGUUACUUCUCCACUAUGGGGCAGAUGUAAAUGCACGAAGAGGACUUUUUUUUGAUUCUCCACUACAUUUUGCGGUUAAAAGCCAACAGAUAAGCAAAAUAAAAUUUCUACUGGACCAUAAAGCUGACCCAAAUGUUAUGAAUGUAUUAGACAAAACAGCCUUACAUUUGGCGGUAGAAGAAGAUAACAUUGUCAUUAUAGAAUUGUUGGUAACACACAAAGCAGAUAUUAAUAUUGGUAAUUACGGUGAUCAGACACCAUUAGAUAUUGCUAUUGCACAUUGCAGUUUUGAUUCUUUACGAUUACUUGUAUCAUUUGGAAAUUAUAACUGGAAUUUGCAUCGAGCUGCUCUUGGAGGAGACGAUGUAGCAGUUAAAAUUUUUAUUGAAGAAGGAGCUGACGUUGAUAUUACGAAUGUCUUCGGAGAUACACCAUUGCAUUUAGUAUUACAAAAACUCCGCAACUAUUAUGAAGAAUUACUUUGUAAAAAGCAUAACAGCAUCGCUGAGCUGCUUAUUGAACAUGGCAGAAAUUUGCGUAAACGCAACUUCAUCGGUGAAACACCGCUUUUGUUAGCUCAAAAGUUAAAGGACGAAAAUCUAGCAAAAUUGUUGCUUAAAAAAAUAACAGCAGUUGACGACUCAGGCAUCUUGAGAAAUCAGAAUAAACUUGGAUUGCAAGAACUAAAUGCUGCUGUGGCUUUGGGCGAUGAAAAGGUUGUCAUUCAAUUACUUGGAACUCCUGGUAUUGACGAGGAGAUACAAAGUUAUCCUCAGAAUGUUACAAGAGCACUUUUUACUGCUGCGGAUAAAAAUAACCAUAGAAUUCUCAAGAUCCUCCUGGAGGCCAGCUUCCGUACUGAUAGUGUAGCUAUGGAUCGAAUACUUGUUAAUAUUGCUGAAUCAAUACCUUUAACGGAUAAAUGUCUGUACCUGCCCAUUUUUUACUACGCUAUUUGCUUACAAACGAACGAUGUUCAUCCGGACUUGAUGCCUGUAAGAGGAUUUUUCAAGUUGUUUGCAUUAGAGAAGAGGCAUAUUUUGGAUACUGCAAAGAAGUGUUUGAAUGAGUUGUUGGAGGAGACUUUAGAGCCGUUUGAUUUUGUCAUUUUGCCUGAAAUACUCACUGGAAAAAUUCUUUCACAUCUUAAUAUGUACGAGUUGCGAAAACUUGCCAAAUAA